GAUUAAUUGCGUGACGAGCCCACGAUAGGUCUGCAGUUUUUCUCUGUCGGUCACGCAACAUUGGUUUUCGGUUUCAUUUUUCCGGGAAUCGACAUUACUAGUCAAAAACUGUGUAUGGAAACGUGCUUCGAAGACUCGUAUGCACAAUAAUCCCCUCAAGCUACGGUAGGAAAUAUUUCUGGGCAGAUUGCUUCCAACACUUGUCAAGGUUUGAUCAACAUGGCGCAAGAUUUUCAAGAAGGUGGGUUCCACUUCCGUGCGCGAUCGAUCUAGACUUAUAAAUAUCUAAGAUGUUGUAUUGCAAAUAGCCUUUUUCUUAGAAUAGUCACAGCAUCGCGCCUUCCGUAUGUUUUUUAGCAAUAUAUCGGGUUGUCUAUUUCGUAAAAUGGUUUUUGAGUAGUUAUUGCAGGUUUUCUGUUUUGUUUUUAUACCAACGAAUACUAAUUUAAUGGCGUCGGAUAGAAAGAGACGCCAUUGUUAUGAAAAAUGUUCCUAAGUAACCUGUUGCUUCGCGUAGAUUGUCUUGUCUAUGAGGAUUAAGUGUUACUUCAACAAAUAACUUGCGGAAACACUAAAACUUUUCUAACAUGCUUUCUAUCGGCUGGUCAGUUGGAACCUUGCGUGGACUAAAUUAUGGUCAUUCAAUUUCUUUUUCGAAUACGAUUACGAAACUUAUUUAUUCUGAUCGCAUAACAAGUAUUUACUACAAAUGGUUUUUAAUGGUAGAAUAUUGAACUAUGAUUCAUGUUUAAAUACUGUAUGGUGUCACAGUAAAUAAUGUAUUUACAUGCUGUAAGUUAAUUGUGCAUUAAUGUAGAGCGUACCCUCCUUUUCAUUGGAAUGCAUUAUUGUGCAUAUAAAUGCUGAACACUGGGCAAGGCUUUGGUUCUAGAGUCAAUCACUGAAAUUUUAGGUGGGUGUGUGCCAUAGGGACCCUGUAACCAUGCCAACAUUAGCCUGAGUCUAGUCUACAGUGAAACCUCAAUAUAAUGAAGGGCCAAGGGACUGGCAAAGUAUGUUUGCUGAAAGGAGGAUAUUUUCUGUAUAUUUCACUAUUAAUGGGGAAAAGAACAUUGUCUUUUAUUUUAGGAUUUUGUUAUAAAGAGGUUUGUUAUAUAUUAAGCUUCCACUAGUAUAUCAGUAUGCUAGUCCAGCCUAUAUCGUUACUUAUUCAGCUGCAUUUUGCAACCCUAUUCCAGACUAUGAACAAUCAAAUCAUUACCCUGUCCCAGACUAUGUACUCUAAACUUUUAGCAAUAUUAUUGAAUGAGGGUGAGUACGAUAUGAAGAAUUCCUGCCUUGUUUAUAGACGAUAUUUUGCUGUGAAACGAGUAAAUUCCGCUGACUGUUCAGCCAUUUUGUUCUCACUUGAUCACAACAUUUGAACCUCGUCCCCAGGUUUUCUCAGUUAAUGGUUCAAUAACCUGCAACCCAGCUGCACUUUUGAUGUCAUUUUGGUCAGCAGUCUUUGGUUAUGGUGAAUUAUGCGUGUGGUUUUAACCAAUCAGAAACAGAGAAAUAUUUUGAAUGAAUAAUUAACAAUUAUUCUUUGAAAUCGAGGUGAAUAGUGGCAAAAUAUUUACCGAGCCGCGAAAGCGGCGAGGUAAAUAUUCCCAAAGCCACUAUUCACCGAGAUUGAGAAGAAUAAUUGUUUUAGUAUAUACACACGAAGUGAUCUCAACAAAAUCAGAAAGGAAACCAUUCAAAAGUAGGAUUUGAUUGACAGAUCAAAUCACGCGUAAGUUUAAAAAUAGAUCUUUGCAGAAUUUUCAAACAUGGCAAUUCACAAGUUUACUCAUUUCGCAAACAACAGCGUAAUGGCUUCAAUGGAAUCGCUAAAAGUUUGAACUGUUUCCUUACCUGAGAAAAAAAGUAGAGCUGUGUUGUUUUCUGUUGACUCGCCAAGUUUAUAGCCAAAAGGGCAUGUUGUGUCGUUCUUCGCAUGAAGUGCUGACAAAAAUGGCGGCUCGGUUGCUCGAGGUAAGAGGUCAUCUUCCUGUAUCAUUCUUUUUCCUGUUUACUUGAAAUGUAGAAUUUCUGCAAACAUUUCCUUUUAAAUUUGUUUGUCAUAAAUAAACUUCGAUUUUUGAGCCAAAAUUUUCUUCUUAGAAAACGCUGAGUUCACGAAACGGCUUCUUCUACGCGAAUACACGGGAGUUGUAAACAAUCCAUCGAGCACAAAACUCCUGCUACAGUAAAUUGAAAAACGCCGUAUUGAAUCCUUCCAAGUCUUUUCUUGCCUUAAAAAAAGUCAGCCCUAGGAUUUUGUCGACUUUUAAAAGAUCGUUCUCUAAAAAAAACGGGAAAAACACCGAGCUCACACAUUAUCCACUCGCUAGGAGGUGAAUAUUGUUGAAUAGUCCGAGAUAGCGAACCAAUCAGAUUGCUUAAAUCACCAAGAUCACUGAGUGUGUAUAUACUAAUAAUAAUUAUUCCUAACACUGGACAAUUGUUGUCCAAUUGUUGAUUAUUUUACCUUAUAUUCUUGGAAGACAUGCCUAAUCUCCCAUAGACAUUUUAAAUUCUGCAAGCAGAAUACUGCAAUGCUGACUGUACUACAUGAGAAUUUACUUUACAAGACAUCAACACGACACCGAAAGAACUCAAAACAGAGCAGGAUUGUAACCAUAGACAGCUGUUUUGCUAUUAUUGUAGCUUAUCAGUAUGGCAUAACAACCAGCGAAAGUUCUGUUGAAAAAUAUCCACACACUCUGAUUUUAGCCCUAACCAGGGGCGGAUCCAGGAAUUUUUGAUUGGGGGGUCCAAACUUUGGUUCGCAAAGGACUGUUCAACCUUUUUGUGCCAAAUUACUUUUCCUCCACACCCCCUUCCACCAGUCGCUGAGAAGGCAGAGAUGACUAUGAGUUUCUCAAUCUGUGAACUUUUCUGGAGGGUUUUAAUAUCCCUGGAAUUUAGUUUAGUGGCAAAAUGCAACACACAUUUCAUUAAAAAAAAAACAGCCAGUUAAAAAGUGAUAUACGAUCCUGUCGAUGUAAGAAUUUUAGUCUCAAACAAGUGUCAGGUCUGAUAGGGGUGCAUCUGGACCCCCCCAGACCCUCUCCCUGGAUCUGCUACUGAGGCCCUGCUAGGGUAAAUUUCGACAAGCAACAUGGCCCAAAAAGUAGCAACAGCGUGUAAAAUGAAAUUGCAACGAGACAACCUCCCUCGGCCAAAUUGCGACAGUGGCGGCAAAGCCAACAAUAAGCGACAAGCAUUUAUAAACACCAACACAAGGCGUUUUAAAAUUCAGACGGGCGACAUGCCCCCCCCCAGGCAGGGCCUCGCUACUGCUAACCCAGAACUCCCAACACGCACAGAAUCACGCCAUAUCACGUGUCUUCUGCAGGGCAGGAGUCCAAGUGUCAAGUCUUGCAAAGAAAAAUAAAGGAUUGACCAAAACCAACCUCAAAAACAUGGCCAGAACCAUGCAAAAAUUGCAGCAUAUCUAUGAUAGAUCUACGGCCCCAAAUACAUGAAAUGGGCGAUUCCAGAAAAUAUCCAUACCAUACCACGGACGGCUUUAAGGAUUUCCGAAGGGGAGGGGGGAUUCACGAUUAUGGAAUUCUGAAGGCAUGGGGGGUAUUUACGAUUUGAAAUCCGAAGGUAUGGGGGAAUUCCACAGGUGGGAUUUCUGGAGUAGAAAGUGUAGAGUAAGUUCCUGGAAAACGCUAUUGUUGUGGACUUUUGUAGUUCGUAAAUAAACUACGAACGUAUGACCGCGGAAGCAGAAGACAAGCAUCGAUAGAUCAGACACGUGUUUACGCUCAUAACUUAUAGAAGUGAAUAGUAAAACGUUGGUUUCACAUUUACCAUGAUGAAUUUUUUGUCACGUGAAUAAAAACUGAAAAUGUAUCUUUUAAUACCGCUUGCAAAUUUCUUGUUACUCCCGUCCGAAACCGUCCGAUAAACAGUAAAAAACUCGCACCAGUCCCUCACUUCCAAGGAACGCCUGUCAGAUUAGAACGCUUUUCGUGCGCACUACAUGACGUAUAAAAGGACGCAACACGACUCGACGGUAUAUUUGACCGCCAAAAGAUUUGAACAGUCUGUUUGAGCUAUUUUCCUUUGUAAACGUCAAAACAGCACAAGAAAACAAAGAGGAGUAAAAUUACCUUAAGUGGUGUUUAUUUUUAUAGCCAAAUUCGGACUUAAAAAGGAGUUUGCACGGCCUGGCAACUAACGUAGGUUUUUCUUGUCACUGAAGAGUAAAGCUUGUCACCUGGCGCCGCUAGAUCACAGCCUUGAGGAGGCAUAAAUUCAUGUUCGUUUGUUCUUAUAGGCGUUGCUAAGUCGAAAAUGUACUUCAAAAAAACCCCGGAAAUUCUGAAGGGGAGGGGGGGUUCACGACUAUGGAAUUCUGAGGGCAUGGAGGGGUAGCACAUUUUGGAAUUUCCGAAGGCAAGGGGGGGUUAAAACAUGGAAGCCGUCCGUGGUUGGGUAUGGAUAUUUUCUGGAAUUGCCCAAUACAAACAUUAACCACAAAGGACUGCAAAGGACCACAAACGAAUAUGCUGAAGAAUGUAGGAUCUAUAUAAAUACCUUAUAAAGUCCUUUGUGGUUAACCUUUGUAAUCUCCCAUAUGAUAUUAUUUUAAUAUGACAGAACCCUAGGGGCAUAGCUACCUGUAUGCAUGGUAUGCAUGUGCAUACCUGAAAAGGUCCAGGCUGGUUUAAAAAUUUGAAGAGUAAGAAAAGCAAAUAAAUAUAAGAUGAUUAUUUUAAAAUGUAGCCUGUGUUAAGCCCCAUUAGGCCCCUCACUCUCAUGGGCAGCAGUUAUGCAAAUCUAUAAGAACAAAAAAAAGUGAAAAAGUUUCAACAUGUGGGACUUUCCAGGGAGGUUGGCAGGUGGAUUGUGAAAAUUUUGUGUACCUCUUGAAAAAUCCUGGCCAUCCCACUGAAUGUACAAAAUGGUCAGGCUCUCUUAGGAUAAAAGUAAUUUAUUUUCUCUCUAAGCAUUUAAACUCACUAGUAAAGCUAUGUGCAAUGAGAAAAUGCGGUAGAUUUUAUUCAGGAUCACCGGGUACUUAGGUUCAUAUUUAGAAAAACAAUAGGAUUUGUGUAAUUGUGUCAUUUAUUGAUUAUUUGGUCAGUGGCUGAACACAAAAUAAUGUCUCAGAUUUCUACUUGAUUGGUCUUGAGAGAAGCCUGGUAACCCUGUGGUAAGAUCUGUAGACAAGGCUGCCCUUCUUUAACUGUUACUUAGGAAGGCAUUUGAAUGAAAACUUUAUUGUGGUGUCUAUUGUAGCAUUGCUGAGUUCGGCUUUGAAAGCAAUCCCUAGGCAUUCUCCGCUGUUUCCCCCCAGUCAAACCUGGACUCUACUGUGAGCUGUGAUAUCAUCCUUCCCCAGACUUUGUGCAAACAACGGGAUAAGAGAGAUCACUUAGUAGGCUGGCAAUUCAGGAAGCACUCUAGGAACGUAGGUUUUACAACACAGUUUCUCAUCUCUAUAGAUGUGAGGGUUUGGGGGCAAAAAAGCUCUCUACAUGAGUAGUUUGUCCGUUAUUUUUAAAUCUGCAAUGUUGGUCAGGCUACGAAAAAUUAAUACUAUAUAAUCAUGUAAGCUUUUUUAAUAUUAGGAGUGGUAUCCCUUCUGAAAGAAAUGUUGUGCCCAGAACACCAUUCUUUGAAGUUAGUGCCAAGUUAAUCAAAUCGAAAUGUUAAAUUUGGAGGCUAAUAGUGCAGUGGGAGAAGACAACUUUAGACGAAGGGGUAGCUGCAGUGAACGGAGAAUAUAACGUGCAAAAGGAAGGGAAGGAGAAAACAUUCGUGGCUAAAUGUCUCUGUUUGUAGCUCCUGGACAUAGUGAGACUCUGCCUAACCACAUCUUCAUUUUUACUAGCACCACAUUCUUUAACCCUUUAAACCCUAAGAUCAAAAGUUGAAUUCUCGUUUGUUGCCCCUAUUCAUUUCCCACAAAAGUAGUGGGGAGAAGUUGACGAAAUAUCAAGCAAAUUCAUCUUGUGUGAUCAUGUCAGUAAUUCUCAUGACCACUCUGUUUUACAAAGCAUUGAUAUUACAAGGAGAAAUUUGAUGCUGAUCACUCUUAGGGCUUAAAGGUUUAAGACCAAUGGGGUAGCCCGCUAAAACAGCUGACAUUUCGCGAAGCCACCACUGGUUUCCCCGCGAAAUGAUGUCUGAGAUUCCAAACUGAUGACGUGUCACUACCUAGACACUGUGUAGUGGCACUGAUUGGUCGUGCUGCAUGGGAAAUUUGCUUCAUUCAAUCAAAAAUACUUACCAGAUCUGGUUAGUGCUUCUGAUUGGUUGAAGCUAAUUUUCAGCCCAUCUGUAGCACUACCCAGAUCUGGGUAGUGACGCGUCAUCAGAAUAGAAUUUCUUCGCUCGUUUCUCAGACGUCAUUUCUCGGGAAAACACAGUGGUGGCGUCGCGAAAUGUCAGCUGUUUUCUCAGGCUACCAAUCAGGAAAUAAUGUUUGUAUCUGAAAACUUCAUCUCGGCCCUUUGCAGAACCUGCAUCGGCUCGCUGUAUGGCAAGCCAUUCUAGCUUUGAUUUAAAUCACAAAGCUUUGAGUGCGUUCGGGUGAAGCCCUCCCAAGUUAAUUCAAACGUCUUUUCAGUCUUCUAGUCCAGUCAUUUCGUAUCUAACUGAAAGGGUAGUAAAAUAGGGUGAAUUUUUUUCAUUGCAGUCUCCAGCCUGGACACAUCGUCUUCGUUUGAAGACCAGUUCAAGGACUUGACGUCGCUUAUAACCUUCUUUGAGCAAUGCUCGCAGGGGACACAAGGUUUUAUUGACCUGAUGAGGCAGCAACUUAGUGAGAGCAUAAAGGCAGACCUGAUUACUGACGCAGAAAAACAGCGUCUGUCGUCGUAUUCCGCCAAGAAGUCCACUCUGUUAGUGGUGGGUCAAACCAACAGCGGCAAGAGUUCUUUCGUGAAUGAACUUCUUGGUGGUUCGUUUAUGCCAACUUCUGAAGUUCCCUGUACGUCCCGCAUAGUUCGUCUAAAGUACAGUGAGGAGAAUUACUACCAGGUACAAUAAACGGAAUUCUUGAAGCAAAGUACAGUAGCCGCCUGAAAUUCGUUUAUUCCAUUUCUUUGAACACCCAGACCUCAAAACAAAAGGGAACGAGCAAUAGUUUCUGCAACACCCAGAAACACCCUUAAUUUAUAAUUAGUAUUUGUAUCUUGCAGCGGAGCACCAUCGGUAAGACAAUAUGGUUAACUAUGCAUCCAAGAAUUUUUAGUUUUGACAAAAUCGUCCUCCGUUAGCGCGUGUAAAAAAUUUUAACUUGAUAUUCGACCAUCUGUCCAUGUUACGAUCAACUGACAGCUGUAAACAUAGGCUAUCCGCUAACUAAUGUCACAUGACUGUAUUGCGGGCUCAGGUGUACAACUCACUGAGGUGGCGUGUUGUUUUAGUUCUCUGCUGACCAGUCAUGACAUUCACAUGAUCGCAGGCUGAGAAACUUUACUUCACAAAGACAUUUCGUUAAAGUUCCCUCGAGAGCUUCGCUUUUAGCCUUGGCUAAAUCUAUAUAUAUGUUUAUUGUCUUUGUUCGCCUGUUUUACGUUGGGUUUUCUCCCUUGUAUUUAUCGUUUAAUACUUCAGGUGUUGAAUAGCUCUCAACCUUCGGAAGGAAUCCAGAAGACUCCCUUCAGUAAGAAGAAGCUCCCUAAAGAGGCGAUUGAGCUGGACGAGAUCAAGAGAGGCGACCCAUCAUGGAUCAACUCUGUGGUAGAAGUGGGGCUAAACAACCCGCUCCUACAGAGUGGCCAUCUGGAAGUCAUUGAUGCACCCGGAAUGAGUGAAAACGAGUCUUUGGACAAAAUCGUUAACGAGUGCAUUCAGGGAGUCUUACAGGUCAUCAUUUAUGUUAUAGAUGGCAACUCAUCUUUAAGAUUACAGGUUAGCGUGAAAUAAGGAGAGCCUCCCAGGGAUUUUACGCCUGGUUGAAGAGACAAAGUGGAAUAAGGUUCCUUGCUCAGAAAAAAGAAACGCGACGGGCGAGGCUUAAACCCCGGACCUCUAAAUCCGGUGUUAAACGCUAGGUCACAGACGCUUCCACCGACGACAUACUGCUGGAGGGUAACCCCGCGAUGGACUAGAAUCCCGUCGGGGGGAGUGGGGGAAUAGCAAUACUCCUAGGUAUGCUUCAUGCAAAGGCAACCGGGAUAAGUUCUGUUUAUGAAUUUGGCUCGGGAGUGCCUUUACCCUUACCUUACCUCCUGCCUUUGUAGGUGGGGUCACACUAGUCGUCUUCCCUAAGGCUCCACAUGGGGAAAUAGCUUGGGUUGGGUUCGCUCUGCAUUUUGAUCACUGUCAUGUUUGCGGCCACACAGCUAUAAAUUGCCCAAGGGGAAGAAAAAACUUGGACCUGGUUUCAUGGGAAACGCCGUUGUAUACAUUGAAAGGCUGACAUAAAUCGUAAACGGUUUCGACCAUUUUUACCCUUUUAAUAAAACUGCUACAUCAAUUACGCUUGAUCACACGAGCGAUUCAGCCCUUAAUUUUGAGACUAAAAAGGAAGAAAAAGAAAAGCUAAUUCUUGCCUAAAUUCUCGCUCAGAAGUAAAGUACGGGUUUACUAAAGUGGUUGCAACGACUUUAAGAAAGGAAUUCUUCAACAUUGAUUUUAUAAAGAAAACUCGCGAGUGUUUCAAGAUGCUUUUGAAUAUGUUUAACGUAAAAGCCCGAAAAACAUUCACGGCAGUGCUCAAAAUCCUGCUGAAUGUUCGAACUUUAAGUUAAGUUUUUGCGUAGGAUUUUGCGCCAAGACGAACACAGCACGUAAACAACUCAUGAUUUCUACCGCCUGGUACAUUUCUCUUUCUCGUGAUUGGUAAGGUUGAGCCGCUUUGGGUUUUAAUUAACCCAUAGAACUUGCCUCGGGAACUGUCAUGGGUAAUUCUUUUGUUCUUUUUGCCGUCUCCAUGGAAAUUUCCGCGAGGUAAUUUCACCUUGGGGAAAUCGGUCACACACCAAAAAUUGCUUCCCCAUGGGCAACAGCAAUUUGCCCAUGGGUAAAAUCGCUAGUGUGACCGCAUCUUAUACUUAGCCGCCCAUCUAUCCUCUUUAUCGAUCAAGGGAGUGGGUUUUGGCAACUUAAGCAACUGUGAUCAUGGGAACAAACAACUCAUCAGCAUCAGGAUCCAUCAGUGCAGCAGCUCCAUAGUACGGAGCUUAAGCAAAGACGACGGCGACGGUUACGAAAACGUCACUUAAAAAGUGAAUUCACACUGCCUCAAUCUUUAUCGCGCUUAUUCCAUUUGGUUCAGUGCGUCGAAUGUUGCAAUUUUUUUCUAGAGUUGAAUCCUUCGAGACUGUCUCGAAGUGCAGGAAACGAAAACAAAGUCGUUGUCUUGUGUUCAAGUCCUCCACAAAACAUGAAAUUAGGCAUUUUCACGUCAAAGUCGUGCAGCGACGGCAAAGAAAUGUACAAAAAAGCAUGAUGCACGUGCAAAGUUGUUGUUUUGUCAAUCUAAACCUUCUGAUUUUUUGACGUUCUCUUUAACGUCGCCGUCGUCUUUGCUUAAGCUCCCUAAUCUCUCCUUCGUCACGCUUUACAGUUCUUACUUAGCGCCGGGCGGCUGGAGGCCUGGACCCUCCAAGGAUACAGUCUAUUUGCUACGGGAUGGUUGGCAGUUUUUACCUUCUGUAUAUUUUGCACCUUUUUCCUGUGAGAUGGGGUCACUGAAUGGGGCGUAUCUCACCCGUAUUAGAUAGAUGUUUAACAUCUUCUGCUUAUCCAGACCCCAGUUGUUUAAAAGGUGGAUAACGCUAUCCACUGAAUAAAUCUCUAGCCAGUGGAUAGCGCAAUUGGUUUCCCUAAUACUUAUUCCCUGGAGAGUGUUUCAUCCGGUGGAUAUCGCUAUACAAAGUUUGAACAACCGGGGCCAGGUCAGUAUAACUAUGUGCCAAAGUAUAACAGACAUUAGGGCCAUUUAUACGAGGGAAAAUAAGACGUGUCUUUCAUUCGACGCGUCCUAAAUAAGACGCAAACUAUAAACGGCACAUUUAAGAGGCGACUUAGCAAAGACGCAUCUUACCGAAGAACAAGUGUUAGGGGCUGUUCUCAGAUAAGACGCGUCUUAGCUAAAUUUCAAACGAAAUGUGCCGUUUAUACGGGAUAGUUUGAGUCUUAUUUAGGUCGCGUCCCAUGUAAGAUGCGUCUCAUUUUUGCUCGUUUAAAAGGCCCUAUUGUAGUAAAGUGAGGAAAACUCGCUGAUCGACAGGUCCUCUUCACUCAAGUUCUGGUCUAAAACGGAGUAUGCAAUCUAUCUCUUAAACCUGAGAUGAGGUAGCAAAUGUAAAUGUUUUUUUUUUCUGGUCCUGGGUCCCAGCAGAACCCACCAACCCAAAUUUUCUAACUACCUCUUCUCCCACGGGAAUGAACAUAACACAAAAUGGCUGGUGAAUUGACCAAUCCAUUUUUUUCUUUGUGCUGAAGGAAAGAGGCUUUCUUCUCAACUUGAAGGAAAAAGUUGGCAACUUGCCCAUAUUCUUCGUUUGCAACAAGGUGGAGAAAGACCAAAGAGCACUAGAAUUUGAUCGGGACUCCGAAUCAGAAGGCGAUUCCGACUCAGAAGACGAUAAGCCAAGUGGGAAAGAAAAAGGGAAAGAAGAUGUUGUUUAUCAAGCUCUAGCAAAGUGCCAAAUGGUUCCUGAAGACGUAGCAUGGGAGGACUGUGCGUUUUUUCACGGGUUGUCGUCCAAGGAAGUAAGGAGUGCUCGUCUGAAGAAAGAAACAAACCAAUUCACCGAACAGUUUGAAAUUCUCAAAUCCAAACUGCUUAGAUUUGCUGCCAUUGGAGUGAAUUCGCAUUUGAAGUCUGCCACUGAGCUUCUCUCCCAGAUCCAAGACAGAGUUUUCGAUUUGUUCCUGACUUGCGAUUUCCAAAAACCCGUCCAAAGAGAGUUGUUCCAUUUCUUGGAAUUUAGGGAGCAAGAGUAUGUAGAGAAAAUUCGGUCGUACAUAGGAAAGAACAAAUCUCAUUUCGCCAAUAUUAUCAGUAGGGCUAUCGACGGGAAUAGGAAGAAAAUCGAAACAGACGCAGGUGACAUGCAGUUUGACCCUAUUAAAAUAGGGGAUGUUGUCCGGCGAAAUGAAGUUGUCGAACAGUGUCGAAGACAAAUCAAAGACCUAGUGCUGUUUAAAGUCAUGGACAUUUCCAUGACUAAAGUGAGAGGGACAGUAACUACAAUAACGAAAACAAUUCGUACGUCUCUGGAAGAAUCUUUCUGCGAAGUGGUAAAACAGGAUGACCGUCUUGCUAAUUUGGUAAAGAGACAGCUUGAAUACAGCUUUCUUCAGCAUUUCCAUCAAGAAGACGUGAUACAGCAUUUUGAUUAUGCUUUGAUGAGAACAGGAAUCAGAAUAAGGGAUGAAGCCAUCAAGGUAGUAACCGAUGUGUGGUCUGCUUUCAGAGGAAAGAGGACAAAACUAGACCAAGAAUGGAAGCGAAGCGUCGCUAAGGAUGUGUUAGAUAGCGUUGAUACCGAUGCAAUAGCUAACAGAAUAUGCUCUAAAAUAUCAGAUGAUCUGGAAAAUGGUCACAAACUUUUUCAAGUAAAUCUUCACUACAUGGAAAUAAUGUGCGCGGCUGCAGCCGAGCAGACUGAUGUUCAGAAAAAGUUUGCGAUAGCAAGGGCACCACAUUUUGCAAGCUUAAUGAGUAGCACAGCAGCACUCUAUCAAACCCUGGUAUCACCUGUUCCCCAGAGAGCAGCCUUGGGUACUCGACUGGGAAGGAAAGGACACAGAGGCAACGUCUAUGAAGUACAGUCCAACGAGCGUCUUGUGGCCAAACAGCUAACCUGCGACAAGGAGUCAACGAAAGAAGAGUAUUUGUUUGGCUUGAUACGUUCAUAUAGAAGGUCAGAAUUGCAUUGAAUCAUUUAGUUAAUCACUAAUCAGUUAGUCCUUCAUCUUGGGAAAGAAAGUUAGUUUCUUAGAUUGUUAUGUAGCGCCAAUAAGAGAGAAAGAGAGAGAGAGUGGGGGCGGGGGGAGAGAGUGGGAGAGAGAGAAAGACAGAAUUCUGGUUAUACUAAGGCCCAGUAGCGCUCAAAACGUCAGUUCUAUAUAGUGGGCAGUUAACCCAGUGGAUGAAAUCAAAUUUUUGUGUUCUUAAUCUUGGUCACUCUUAGUGAGCCUAAAGUGGAUGGAUACUCAGAAAAGUCAAGUGGCCACCUAGGGUGAACUCUAUAUGCAAAUCAGACCAAUUAUGAGGUGACUCCCCUCAAAAAAAGAGCUCGAAGAUUUGUUCAAUUAAUCCAACAUCAAACAUACAUGGGCUUUCACAGCAUUUCCUGCUGGUGUAAAAUAGUGUAAAAUUCCGCAAAUAAGCCUUCGGGUCUUCUUUCUCAAUGGCCCGGGUGGGUGCUUAUACUGCGGAAGAUUUUUCUAUUUUGCUUUUAGAAUUUGGGAGGCAUUGAUUUAGCCUGCUGCGCCACAGACGGACUAAACUUCUGGUCAAGCCCGUCUGCGAAAUAGCCGCUUAAAUCCUUGCUCUGGUCCCCAACCUGUGUACUCGUAUUUGAGUACGCACCACGAUUGGUAUGUUUUAACAAUGGAAUUUUUUAAAAAAAUGCCAUUGUUGAUUUGUCAGUCAUUUUGAGGGAGAAAUUCGAAACACAUUUCCGCUAAUUCGUCCGUUGGGGCCCAGAACAAGGAUAACAGCGCUGUUUCGCAGACGUCACUAACCUGGCGGGUUAGAUUACCUAGCAUUCAUUUGAAGAGGAUUACAAACGGAGGGGUUUACUUUUUAACGGUAUCUUCAAUACUUGCUUUUGAUCCUUAGGAUUCAAAACGACCUGUGCACAGUUUUGAAGCCCGUUUCGUUGCUAUUGGAUAAACGCAAGCGGAUCACCGUGCUGCUACCACGAAUGCGCAUAGACCUGUUUGAUCUUCUGAACAGGGAUGGCAUUCCAUUUCGGCACGGUCUCAGAAUGGUUCAACAGAUAACGGAUGCUUUUGAAAAUUGCUGGAAGAGAGGCCUUCACCACGUGGAUUUGAGGAUUUCAAAUGUCCUGGUAUAUAUAUUUUGAAAUCCUAAUGAUUUCCUUUCUUAUUUUACCACUGUCUGCUUUUGUAAUUGAAAAUACUCGAUUCAGGCCCCUAGCUAUUCCUUAUCGCUAAGAUUUUUUAUGGUGAUCUCAAUAUGAGAAGAAUCCAAUUAGCCCGUGAGGACUGGGGUUGGGGAAGGAAAUUUGUACUCUUUCGAGUUUUCCAGUUUUGGCUCGGCACCAUUAGGUAGCUAGAUACUCGGCGGCCGAAACCACAUCUACACGGAAAAAUCGCGGACUCUGAACAGUCUAGUUGGGGUCGUUGAAACUGGUCUUUAUUACAUCUUUUUCAAGUAUUGUCAGUAGUCCAAUUGUAAUUUUUCUUUGUUUGAGCCUCACUAUCGUCUAAACGAUAAAGCGAAGGACAAUAUACAUUGAGCCAAAGCUGGAAACAAAAAUAUAUUUACCAGCCUCUAUAUCUCUUGCGCUCUCGUCUCAGUUUCCUUAAUAGAUCAUUUUCACUCACGUGGUUAGCAGCUAUAAGAAUUUCUUGGAACAAACGAAAAGAAAGCUUUUACAUGAGAAAAAAAUUUCUAUCCCCGAAAUUUUUUUUCUACACCAACAUGGCUGCCGUUUCACUCUUAAGGUAACCCAAUAUGGCCGCCGUGACGUAAUGUGCAAAACUGUCUGUAGAUGUAAGAAAGCUUUAAUAUUUGACGGCGACGAUAUUAACGACCAAAAAUCUAACACAACUAAACAUUAGAUACGUUGGUACAACCUCUGCGUUAAGCGCGGCUGCUUCAUAACUUUGUUGUUGUUUUACGGCAGCUGGACGAAAACUUGAACGCCAAGCUAAACGUCUCCAAACCGAGAGACGAUUCCAUUUUGUAUCCAGACGAAAAAGCUCCGUUUCACGUGCCCGACAUCAACCCUGGUGUUCGUACGUUUGAUCCGGCGGUAGUGUGCAUCCUUGAAAACCACUGUGUGUACAGUCUUGCAGUGUUGCUCUGGCUACUGUUGGAGGAGAAAUACUGCAGGCCUGACUACGCUGAGACGAGUGAUGUGAAACAAGUGUACGCAGCAAUCGCACGGGGAGGGGACUCUAAGAACAUUUUAAGAAGACUGGAAAAGGGUGAUUUGACGUCAGGAGGAAGGAUCGAGGGGCUAAACAUUGUACAGUCAACGUUUAAUUUACCGAAAGAAGAGUCUCUUUCCUCAUGGCUAGAAAACUUCAAAGUAAAGGUCACUUCCGUGCUUUCUUCUUAUGAAACUAUGGAGACGACAGUUUAA